GUUUCAAUUUUCAAAGUUCUGGACCCAAAAACAAAAACGAAAACGGUCGGCGUUUUCUGAUCUGAAUCGGAGCCGGAACAGCGAGAGCACGACGGAAAUGGCCAAGGACAGAGCAGAAGAGUUAAGCGAAGACGAAAAGAGGGCCUUAAGAGGCAGCAAAUUCGCUCCCCUCCCAUCUUUACCGCCUCCUCGAUCCCAACCCAGGUUGGCUCAUCCAGGGGGUCCGUUGACGACGAACAAGGCGGCGGCGUUGGCGAAAUUUCUAGAAAGAAAGCUGCAGGAUCCGGAUGGAUUGGGCACCAUGAAUCCACAGCUAGUUGAACGCGCUGUUCAGAACGCAAAACGCACCGUUUUCGCAAGUGCAGCUUCUAAUUCUCAAGGAAGAAUACGACAUGUCAACUCCUUCGGUGACUCUGAGUCUGAGGACCCUCUUCAGCAAGAAGAAGAAGAAAAUGUGGGAAACUCUGAGCCCAAAAAGAAUAAAAAGAAUAAGAAGAAGAAGAAGAAGAACAAGCAAAAGGUUGCUAGUGAGAAGUUUGCCAUUGAUGGAUAGUGGAGGACAUUGGGGGUGCUGUGGUAAAAAAGCCGAAGAAGAAGAAGUUAAAAUUGUGAUUGGAAGAGAUUGUGAUAUACUAUUGGUGCCUGGAAUUGGAUAGAGGCUUCAAAAAGCUAACAAGUGUGGAGUACUGGAGUUGAUGGCUUGUGUACCACAUCAUUAUUGCCGGUACAAGCUACAGAAAAGCAUAUGAAUUCCAUAGGAUUGUAGUACACUUGGCCAUUAGAACCAAUGUCUGUACAUUCUCAUUUGAGACGUGAUUUUUCUUGUUUCUCAUUUAGAUGUUGACAAGUGUUCCUCAUGUUUGUGCUGGUAGAAUUUGAUCUUUUUAUUUUUUUGGGCAGUUAAUUCAAUUGAUCUCUGAGCACUUGCUAGAAAUGUUUGCAAGUGUUCGUUCAUUUCUCUA